AUAGUAUUGCUUUUUUUUUUUUUUGCAUAUAUACAUAGGUUGGACAUGUUAUUGCGAGGCAUUUCUGGGAGAUGAUCAUAAUAUUCGAGUUGUGGUUCCCGACUCUUCUCCUGGUGAUGCCGUUGUUACGAAGGAGUGAGCUAGAGGCGGAUUACAUUGGAAUGUUGCUAGCCGCUGCGGCUGGUUUUGAUCCCCACGCUGCUGCUAUAUGCCUUGACAAGGCAGGAAAGAGGAAAGGGGAGUCAGCAUUUACAAAUUUCCUCUCUUUCUUCUCAUCCAAAGUUCAUCCAUCUUGUAAGAAAAGAUCACGACUUCUAUCGCAACCCAAGGUAAUGGAGGAGGCAAUGGAAUUGUACAGAAAAGCAACUGAAGGUGAUGGGCUUGACAAUGACGGAUUUGUUGGCAUCAAUUAUGCAAAAGCCUGUCGCGAGGCCAUGGCUUUGGCGACCGAUCUCUUGCAAACACACAUAGUCAUUGGCUCGGACUGUAAGGAAACGGUAUCAGAAAUCAACGAAGGCAGCGGCGGCAAGCACGGCCAUAUCAUUCGUGAGAUCAGGAUCACAUCAUCGGAGUUCCAGGAUUGCUCCUUCGUCUUCAAAGGAAGGGCCUCGAAUACGGAGGCACAUAGCCUCGCUAAACAUGCGCUUAGUUUAUCUGUAGGGCGUCAUCUUUGGCCUUUGCAACCCCCUAUCAAUUGUAUUCCUCCAAACAUUAUUGAGUAA